UUUUUCUGUGUGUCGAUCUUUAUAUUCUUCUCUCUUCUAGAGUCGUCAGUCGUCUAAUCUAAAUUGAGAGAGUGGGUUGCUUUGUCUCUUUUCUACGGCUGUGAUCUAAAUUGGGAGUGUGAUCUGGAUUUCUAUAAUCAGUGGAUUGCUUCUUCUUUUCUCUGCGGUCGUUUAAGGAGAACAGGGUUGUGUUGCGCGCGGUUUUCAUUUGUUCAGUUUUUUCAAUUAUAGAUCUUUGCAAACGCGCUCUUGCGGAAGGCGAUUUCAGUCCUUGGGUUUGACGGUUUGGCUAAAGUUCAUCGUUGAAGCAAAGAAAAGAAGAAGAAGAAGAAGAAGAAGAAAAAGGAGAAGGAAAAGAAGAAUUUCACUGUUAUUCAAGUUUUGGGAGGGAUCUUUCAACAGGAGAAGGGGGAGACAGAAACACUGACAGCGAAGUAGAGGUCGAUAGCAAGGGUUGGAUCCGGUUUCAGCAGGAGAAGAGUUUGGUUUAUCUUUGGUUUCAGGAUAAUUGUGUUUGGGUAGGGGAUCUGCUACAACUAAACCAAUCGUGCUUGGGUUUUGAAGAUAAUCGUCCUAGAUCAACUAGAAAACAGAAGAAGUGUUGCUGGGUUUCGGAUUUCAGUGAUUGAAGUUUUCAGUAUUGUGGACUGGAGUAUGUCCCUGUUUUUGCUUUGUUGAUUGGAUUUUGCCGCAUCCAGCAUCGACUUAAUUAGUUUCAUUAGUAUCAUAUUAACUCCCGCAGCAAAGCGCGGGAAACUGUAUCUAGUAAACUCGAUACAGCAGCAGCAGCGUCGUCUCCAGAUUCUAAAAGUGUCACAAAGCUCACUACUUUGAAGGACUGACAAUGAAGUUGUUUGAGGUCAAUGGAAGCACUCUCUCUCUUGCUCUCUUCAUUGAAGUCACCAAUUCCAAGGAACUGCUUGAUUCUAUGCAAGCUGCGACAUUAGAGCCGGAAGUUGCAUUUCUGAAUGCGUCACUUAUCCCAGAUGUUUUCCCAUUGCUUGCAGCUGCACAUAAGACACUUAUAUCCAAGUCCCGAGACUCACUGACAACACGCACUCUUCAUUCUGAGCUUGUUUAUAACUACUCAGGAUCCAACUUUGAUCAUGACCAGAUCACAGAAUCCUUGAAAAGAUGUGGCAUCUCCGAGAGUUCAACUUAUGUGCUUGCUGCCCGUUUCAAUGCUACUUCUGAUGAGAUAGAACAGAAAGCAAUAGAGAAACUUGUCAAUGGAAAAGAGAUUGAUUUGGAGGAGCUGGGAGGGAGGGCUGACCAAGCCCAGAUGCAGAAGCAUUAUAAGAUAACUAGCCAGGAGUUGGGGAUAUCCUCACUUGCUGAUGCUAUUACAUGCCGGAUUGCUGCUCGUGAUGCCUUGUGAGAAGAAAGCAUUGCAACUCGUUUGAUGUUCUGGGUAUUGAGGGUACAAUUAGGUGGCCAAGGGAACAGAAAAGUGGAGGAUUUCACUGUUUUUGAUUAGCAAAUUGAACCGUCUGCUGGUGUUUGGAGUAAUUUUCAGCAAAGCUGGAAUUUUAAAUUGCGAGGCUAUAGCCUAUAGACCCUGUAAUGAAACUAUGCAAUAUUACCUUAAAUUGUGAGGCUGAGAAGAGUAAUCCCACCUUAUCAUCACUGAUUAUCGCUAAGAAAACUGUUCGUUAUUAGCUCAAUUUUCAAGAGAUAAUUGAGAAAAUGAGUUAUUUGGCCCCUUCGAAUUUAACUAAGAAAAUUUCCGGAUGCAUUAGA